AUGGCAGUUUCAACAAUUGAGUGGGUGGAUGGCAGAAUUCGGAUGAUCGAUCAGACGCUGUUGCCCAAUGAAUUCAAGCAGAUUUAUUGCGACGAUCUCCCAUCGGUCUGGGAAGCCAUCAAAUCCCUGCGCGUACGUGGUGCACCUGCGAUCGGUAUUGCUGGUGCUUUGGGUGCAGUGCUCGGAAUAUGGAAUUCCACCGAGAAAACCUAUGAUGCUUUUGCCACCGAACUUAAAUCCGCUACCGAUUAUUUGGCGACAUCGCGACCCACAGCCGUUAAUCUCUUUUGGGCACUGGAUAGAAUUACCCGAACAGCGCAAGAAAACAGCCAUCUUCAAAUCUCUGAGCUCAAAGAGGUGCUACUUACUGAGGCUUUGGAGAUUAUUGAUGAGGAUAAAGCGAUGUGUCGUGCUAUCGGGCAGCACGGUAUGGCGUUACUAAACGAAAACGACACUAUUCUGACGCAUUGCAACGCUGGAGGGUUAGCGACAUCCGACUAUGGCACAGCGUUAGCUGUUAUGUUCAGUGCUCACGAGGCUGGUAAGAAGAUCCAAGUUUACGCUGAUGAGACGCGCCCCCUUUUACAAGGCGCACGUCUCACCACUUGGGAACUCAUGCAAGCGGGCAUUGAUGUGACGCUUAUCUGUGAUAACAUGGCUGCACAGGUCAUGAAAGAGGGCAAAAUCCAAUGCGCGAUUGUCGGUGCCGACCGGAUUGCCGCAAACGGUGACACUGCAAACAAGAUCGGCACCUAUAAUGUCGCUAUCCUCGCAGAGGUACACGGCAUCCCCUUUUAUGUCGCCGCACCGACUUCAACCUUAGACUUCGCCCUUGAAACCGGGGCAGAAAUUCCGAUUGAGCAACGGGCGGCGGAAGAGGUGACAGAAGGCUUCGGGAAACUAACCGCUCCUAAAGGUGUCAAAGUCUAUAGUCCUGCGUUUGAUGUCACGCCCGCGGCAUUAGUCACAGCGAUUAUUACCGAGAAAGGCGUGGCACGUGCCCCUUAUACAGAUAGUCUGAUGGCUUUGAGAGACACAUAA